AUGAAGAAGAAGGCAGAUAAGCUCAAAGGAUUUCAAGUCGAUAAGAUUCUAGAGCAGAUCAACUAUUAUAUAACGACGUACGAUAUCGUACACCUAGUGGAACUAUGGAACUUCCUUGACUCUACGUUCUUCAAUCGCAUCGACUACACUACGCACUAUGGCUUCAAAUCAUCAGUGACAUCAACACACAAACAAGACUUUUCCACCACCGUCAAGAAACUUGCCAACUCUCUAAAGAAGUUCUACCUAAUAACAGCAGUCAACAACGGUAAACUAGAAAAAGUUAGAGAGUUUUUCGAUUAUUACAGUAGUGAACUAGUAAAAGAUCCAGAUUGGAAACAUUGGUUUGCAUUACCAUAUAUAAGAUCACCACAAUCAGAUCCUUUGUUUGAAGUUUACUUUAAUAAAGCAUGGUCAGAAGCAUUCUCAUCGUCAUUAAGAAACUUUUUAUCAACUAUUUUUAAGAAUAUACCAUUACCAAAGAUAUUACAAUUCAAUUUAGAAAGACAGAAUAGAAAGAGAUUGGAAACUCAGUUGGAGAACUUGAUCAAUCAAAACGAAGAAUUGAGAUCACAAGUAGAUAAAUUAGAGUAUCAAAUCAAACGUGAAAUGAAUACAGGUAGUAGCAGCAGCAGUACCAACAGCAGUAAUGAUAAAGAUUCAACAACAAAUAAUAAUAAUAAUAAUAACAUACAGGGAUUCUCAAGAGUCAGCAGAAGAACAACUGAUUCAAAAGAACGUGAUUUAAAACAAUCAACUUUAAAUAGUAAUAGUACAACAACAGAUGAAGAAGAGAAAGAAAAAGUUGUAAUAGGAUCGGUAAGAUCAAGGAAAUCAAUACAGAAUACAUUGACUGCAUCGUUUGAGAUGACAGAGAUGGAUGAGAUUGGAAAGAAACAGACAAACAGCUCUGUGAAAUCACCGAAUAUCUCUGAUCCAUCGUAUAUUGUAGAGUCACAGGAAGUUUGUACUUCACAUACCUCGCCAGUGACCAGAUGUAAAUUCUCGUCGAAUGGCUCAAAGAUUGCCAGUAGCUCGGUGGAUGGUACCGUUAGAGUUUGGAACGUCGAUGGUUUCUCAAGACACACCACCAUCUACUGUCUAUCAGAAGUGAUAUCAUUAGAAUGGGAGAACAAAACAAAACUUCUACUCUGUGGUACAACAGAUUCAAAGAUUAAACUAUGGAAUUCUACAACUGAUAAAGCAAUUGGCGAUAUAAAUACAUCUCAAGAAUAUCCUAGAGUUGAAGAUUUAGUUUGUAAUCCAAAUGGUAAUUCAUUUGCGAGUUCAUCGACAAAUAAUGGUAGAACCGAUGGUAUUGUCUAUACUUGGAAUUUUAGAACACUCAAAACAGAAGAUAGACUAUCUUCAUCGAAUGCAAUUAUCAAUUCGAUGUGUUAUAAUAACAACGGUACUCUAUUGGCUACUGGUUGUGUAGAUGGAACCAUUAGAAUAUUCGAUAUAAAGAGUUGUCAAGCAAUUGGAGGUUGGCAAGCACAUUCCAGUGAGAUCUUGGCUGUUCAAUUCUAUAAUGACGAUAAUAAGAUAUUUUCAUUGGGUAAAGACGGUCGUUUGAAUCAGUGGAACAUUCACACAAUGGGAAAACCAGAGAAGGAGUACGAAUACCCUGGAUUCCCAAUCGAUACGCAUAGAACCACAAAGAUAUCGUUCAACUCUGACGGUACUUCCUUUGUUGUUGGUUCAAAUAAUAAAUAUGCACUCAUAUAUAAUGUUGAAAACAAUAGUCCAGUUGCAAAGAUUGGUGGACAUUCAGGUCCGGUCGUAACAGUAGAUUGGCAUCCGACGAUGAGUUCCUGUGUAACUGGAUCACUCGAUCAAACUGUACGACUUUCAAAACUAUCGAAGAAUACACAAUUUUCAUAA